AUGUGCAGAUGCGCCUGGAAGAGGAGAAGAUCGUGCUCAAGGUCCAGGGCUACGCAUUGCUCCCCACCCAGCGUGUGCGCGAGGUGCUCCGCGACGGCGACGAGCUUGUCUCGUCCACGGCGCGAGGUCCAAGCUGUACGGAGGCCUGUGCAGCGAAAUCAGGGCCUGUCAGGUCCGCCUCGCGUCUCAAGUACCCAGGCGACCCCCGCCCUCAAGGAUGUGGAACUGGUGGAACCGAUGAUGGGAGGAAUGCACAGAGGGACAGCAGACUGGAAGGAGCCUGAGAGCGGGGACAAAGGCUCCAAACGCGCCAAGAUCGAGAAGCACCACGCGAAGUCUGGUGGUGAGGUGCAUGAUGACACUCGGCUGACUUCCUGGGAGGCGGCUCAUCAGGCGAAAGAGAUCCUCAAGCGUGCGCGGCCAAUGCCGCCGCCGGCAUCGCCGCCGGCAACGCCGCCUGCGCCGGUGCUGCCGCCUUGGCCGCCGGUGAAGGCGAAGGAGAACUUCACGCUGAAGAAGGAUGGAGAGGCGGUGGCCAUCUCUCAUCCAGUCCUGGGCGAUUUGGAGGUCCCGAGCGGCCAGGCGCCGGAGGACUUUGUGAAUCGAAAGCUGAAGACGCUGAGCAAGGCGAUCCGCAAGCAGGUGGAGUACUACUUCAGCGAUGCCAACUGGGCGAAGGAUGAGUACUUGAGGUCCCUGGCUGAUGCAGAAGGCUUCGUGGGGAUCCAAGAGAUUAUGGACUUCAAGCUUUUGAAGCAGAUCUGCGCGGAUUUUCACACCAUCCGCGAGAGCCUUCAAAGCUCCCAGCUGCGCCUCUCGGCCGACGGCCAGCGGCUGGCCCGGGCGGCCGCUUGA